GAGCAGGGAAAAUUUAAUUGUGUAGAGGGAAUGCCAGCUUGGUGCUGAGAAAACUACAAAAACAUGCAACCUUCGCCGGCUCUUUGACAAACCUGAAUUUAAAUAAUUUCACAGACGGCAGUAAUAUUCUAUAAUUUGCUUUGUCAGAGAGUCACUAUUGCUACGAGCAGACGUUAUGUCCAUGGUCUCAUGGUCAGUUUUAUUUGUUAUGACAUCGACACAAUUUGGCGAUAGUUGAAAUUAUGCUGUGAGGGCCAAAACAUAUCAAUGUAGAAAAUGACGGCUGAAGAGGUACAGACCCUAAAGGAAAAAGGAAAUGCCUGCAUGAAAGAAAAUAAGUAUGCUGAGGCAAUACUGCAUUAUACCCAAGGGAUCGUGCUUGAUCCCAAAAACUACAUACUAUUUAGCAAUAGAUCGUUUGCUUUUUUAAAAUUGAGCCAAUUUUACCAUGCGUACGAAGACGCAAUUGAAACAAUUCGCCUUAACCCUUUAUGGGCAAAAGGGUAUUUUCGAAAAGGUGAAGUUGAGGCUGCAACAUUUCAAUAUGAAGAUGCUUUGUUAAAUUAUAAAUGUGCAUUAGAGCAUCAGCCUGGUGACGCUGUUAUCACCGAGGCGAUGAAACGAGUCACCACUCAAAUAAAUAAAGACAAAAGAGCUAAUGAACAGGUACCUUGGCUGGGAGCUGGUGUAGGUAUUAUUAUAGGUGUCAUUAUUGUAAUUGCUGAUCAGCUAUUUACAAACACACCUUCAAUAUCGCACCCGAUUGUAAUGGCCAUUUUAACUAUCUCAAUAGCUGUGAUUGGAUUUGGUUUAGCAAAAGGAUAUAGGUAUUAUGUUGAGUGUUGUAGAAAAGGACUUUUGGAUCCUCCACCUGAUCUGCUUAAAGAAAUGAAUGCGAAACAAGAGAACGGUGUCAGCGGAGAAAAAUCUGGUCAUCAAAGGUAUUCAAAGGCCCAGGCCAGGCUUAAACUUAGAAAAGGAAGAACUUCAUAAUAUUCUUUAUAAUAAAAAUAAUAUUUUGAUGUAUAAAAAUAUAUUUGAUAUCGUA